ACAAAAGAAAAGAAAAGAAAAGAAAAGAAAACAGAGCCAAAAAGAAAGAGAAAACCAUUAAAGGCUAUUCAUCAUCGAAACCAACAACAAUAACAACAAGAACAAGACAGGACACAACUAUCUCUUCCUCCUCUUUUAUUAAUUUCGUGUCUUGGUAAUCCGCGUCUCUUCUCCUUCCUUCCCCUUCUUAUUAUUCAAUCUAUUAUUCCUUGUGAAUCUGAAGCCAAGCUCCACCGCCACCGCCACCGCCACCUCCCACGCCUGAAAAAUUAGGAGAGCAAAAAAAAAAAUUAAAGGAGAAAGUUCACCACAAGAGGGGACAAGUGCCAUUAUACUUGAUUUGCUAAUAGGCAAUAGAGAAAGUUUUGGACUCUCUCCAUGGCUCCUGGUGGAAGUACUUACAAAGAAGCCUUGGAGACUAACUCGAAAGGCUUUGAUUACGAGGUUAAGAUGGCUAAAACAGAGGCUAAUAACAACAAACCAGCCAAAGCAACUAGUGCCUCCUUUGGCAAAUACGCAAUCCACAAUAGCAAUGGUGUCUACGAGCUACUCGAAUGUCUCGUUUGCACAAAUCUAAUGUAUCCUCCGAUUCAUCAGUGUCCCAACGGCCACACGUUGUGUUCAAGCUGCAAACAAAAAGUGCAGAACACGUGCCCCACGUGCCGCUACGAGCUCGGCAACAUAAGAUGCCUGGCUCUCGAGAAGGUUGCCGAGUCAUUAGAGGUUUCGUGCCAAAACCUAGGGUGUCACGACAUUUUCCCGUACUACAGCAAGCUCAAGCACGAGCAGCACUGCAGGUUUCGAUCUUACAACUGUCCUUACGCUGGCGCCGAGUGCUCGGUGACCGGAGACAUUCCUACCCUCGUCGACCAUCUCAAAGAUGAUCAUAAAGUCGAUAUGCAUAGCGGUUGCACUUUCAACCACCGUUACGUCAAGUCGAAUCCUCAAGACGUUGAGAAUGCCACGUGGAUGCUCACGGUGUUCAACUGUUUUGGAAGACAGUUCUGUUUACACUUUGAGGCGUUUCAGCUGGGGACGGCACCGGUGUACAUGGCGUUUCUAAGGUUCAUGGGAGACGAGAACGAGGCUAAGAAGUUUAGUUACAGCUUGGAAGUUGGAGCUCACGGCCGUAAGCUGACGUGGCAAGGGAUUCCGAGAAGCAUCAGAGACGGUCACAGGAAGGUCCGUGAUAGUCAGGACGGACUCAUCAUCCCUAGAAACAUGGCUUUGUACUUUUCUGGCAGUGACAAAGAAGAGCUCAAGUUGAGAGUCACUGGACGGAUCUGGAGAGAGGAGUAAGUAGAUGACGACAAUGAUUGAUGGUGAUGUUUCUCAUGAGGCCAAAGUGAAGAAAAAAAAUCAUAAGGCUCUGUAAUGAUGAUUUUGAAUUGGAACUGAAACGGAUGAUGAGAUGUACAUAGCUGGUCUUGAGAGCUAUGAAACUCUUUUGUCUUGUAAUUUUCCUGAUUUGUUGGAAAAAUAAAGACAGUUUUCUGUUU